CCACCUCUAAUACUGAUUGCAUCCCUCUAAAAAAAUUGUCAGCAAAACUGCGUGUGAAAAAACACAAAGUUUCCUCGUACCUUUCGGGCGUUAAUACUCGAGUGGGAAAGCGCGCGUUACCGAACUGAGUGUGACCCUAAAAUCGGCAAAAUGUUAUAAAAAUCGCCGUUCUACUUCCACUGCUCUAAAUAACACACACAGAGGCACGCACACACGCGCGCGCCGCCGAGUGUCAACAGCUGCCCUGGCAAAAAAUGUCGGACAUUAACGAUGACCUGCUCAACUACGAGCUGGGCGACGACAUCGAUGACCAGGCCUUGCUCGGCGCCGACGAGGAUGAGUUGCUACUCUCGGACGAAGAGCUCGAAAAGGAUGUCACCAGCGAGGUGAAGCAGCAAAUGCGCGCCGAGGCCGAGGAGUGGGCCCAGGAGCAGAUUCGCCAGCACGAGCGCAAGCACAAGGAACAGUUGCAGGCACAAGGAUCAGCAGCUGCAACUGCAGCGGCAGCUUCAGCUCCAGCUCCAGCUAUGCCAGCCCCAGCUGAGGUGGUGCCUCCUUCAAAGCUUUGCCCAGCAGAGUCCACACCGGCCCCGGCCCCGGGCCCAGCUUCUGUCCCUGUCCCAGCGGCUGCUGCUGCUGCUGCUGCUGCUGCUCCUCCUCUUCCUCCUGCUGCAAACACCGCAGUCAUUCAGUCCACGGUACAGAAACCUAUUGAAACCCCAGCUGCCGCAGCGGAGCAGCCAGUAGUGGACGAGCCGGUGGCACCAGUCACCCAUGGCACCUCGAACUCGGAUCUGCCGGUCCAGCAGCCAAAAGAGGAGGCGUCGCCGCCCGCUGAUGGUGCCGACAAAGAAGCCGCUACGCAGAACAAUGGCAACGGAGGCGAGGAGGCAGCCGAGAACUCGGGCAACCAGAGCGAGGGCGAGCAGGGAUUGGGCUUGUGCUCACUGCUGGCCUCCUCCCAGGAGAGCCUGCCCAGUGCCAGUUCCGCCUCCGUGAUCUCAGAGCUGCCCGAUCCACGCGAGGACGAGGAAGAGCGCGAGGAGCGCACCAACUACAAGACGGCCAGCGAACGGGCCGAGAAUAAUAUGAGGCAGCAACAGGAACACGCACACAUGUCGCCCUACCAGCACCAGCAGAGGCGACACCAUGGAGGCCAUGGAGACAAACCUCGCGUGGGCGGAGGUGGACGCUUUAUGCAUGGCCAGCAGCAGCAGCAGAAUCAGAUGGGAAAGCCGCCGCGCGGGAUUGGAACACGCCACCAUCUGCUACGCAAUCCCUCGCCAAUGUUCGGCGUCCAGCAACAGCAGCAACGCAUGGGCAUGGCCGGAAUGCAGCCGCCGCCCCAGCGAUACGGCAUGCCGGGCCAGUACCCGCCAACUCAGCCACCCAACCAGUCACCACAACAAGCACCGCCCAACACACAACAGCCACACAGCGCUCCCGCCUCUCCCCUCCACACACCCACGCAUUCGCACAUGAUGCACCACAGUCACAACCCGAACGGAGGCGUGCCGCCGCACCUGCUGCCGCAUCCGCACGAGCAGGUGCGUGUGGGUCUGCUGCAGCCACCGCCGCUGGCGUAUGCCCCCAAUCCUGGCAGCUAUCGGAACGGAGCGCUCCUGGGUCCGGGACCAGGACCAGGGCCACAUCAGCCACACCAGUCGCCGCACCAGCAGCAGUCGGGCAUGCGUCCACCGCUCUACCGCAACGCCCCGCCCUCGUACGGCUACGACCAGGGCCAUCCGGCCCAGCAUCCGCCGCAGUUCAUGCGGCCUCACAACGGCUGGCGACCGCAGAGCGACAAUACGCGCAUGCAGCGGCCACCAUUGCAGACCCUACCGCUGCACAUGAUGCCCGGCGCCCCGCCAAACUACGCCAAUGGCAUGGGCAUGCGGGGUCCGUUGCCCCAACAGCAACAGUCACAGCAACAGCAGCAGCAGCAACAACAACAGGCAGCGCCACAGCAAGCGGGACAUCCUUCACAGCAGCCCGGCAAUUCUGGCCAGCAGCAGCAGCAGCCGCCGCAGCCGAAUGGACCACCCCAACAGCAGCAGCAGCAGCAGCAGGGCUCGUCAUCGGUGCCGCGGGUCAGCAAGGUGCUGAUCAAUCCAAAUUUCAAGGGCGGAGUCGAGGCGGCCACCAAUAAGUUCAUCAAGGAGACCCACUUUAUGCCGGCCAUCAACAGCGAGGCCGAACUGCUGCGCCAGCAGGAAGAGUUCAUCAACAAGAACAGGCAGUACUUUGAGAAGCGACGCAUGGAACGCUCGCCCCCGUCGGCAGGUUCCGGAGGUUCGGCAGCCGUCUCCUCUGGACAGGCAGGCGAGCGGAGGCGUACCCGCAGCCGCAGUCGCUCGCGGGGUCGCAGCUACUCGCCGGUGAAGCGGAUGGAUAGGGAACGCGAUCGGGAGCGGGAGCGCGAGCGGGAUCGGGAAAGGGAGCGGGAUCGAGAGCGAGAACGUGAACGAUAUGGUGUUAAUCGAGCGCCAGCAAACCGGGGAUUCCGACGAGCGUCUAGCCGGGAUCGGGACGAGAAUCGUGGCGGAGCGGGCGUCGGCAGUGCCCCAGGAGCGGGUGGAGUGGCAUCCGGCGGUGCAGCGCCUCCCAAGCGACGGAGGAGCGGCUCGGCCGGAACAGGCACCGCCCGGAAUCCAUUUUCCGGCGAACCCCGUGGCCGACCUUCGGAAACAGGCAACCGCAGCAUGCCAAGCGACGAGGACGAGGAGACCCGAAACUACCGUCUGGAGAUCGAGAAGCAGAAGCAACUGCGCGAGAAGAUUAUGCGCGACAAGGAGCUAAAGCGUCGGCGCGCGGCCGAGGAGAAACUGCACGAGGAAAAGCGCGCCGAGCAGCACAAUUCGCCAGCCCGCGACGACCAGGAGGCGGCUGCCGGACAAGGAUCUGCAGUGUCGGCAGGAGGCGCUGCGCAAAAGCAGCGUCCUGCCCAGCCAGCGCCAGGCGAGCGAAAGGUGAUCUCGUUGAAGCGACGCGAUGACCAGGAUGUGGGCAACCUGCGCAACAGGCAAGCGUCGUCGCAGUCCCACUCGUCGCAGUCCAAUGCUCAGUCAAACCCAGGCCAACAGCAGCAGCAGCAACAGCAGCCGGCGCGCAAGCAACUAACGGCGGCAAAGAUAGCGCCGGAGGCCAAGCGCAGCAUAACCGAGCAUCUGGCUCCCUCCGCCAAGCAGCAGCAGCAGCAGCAUCAUCAGCAGGCGAUUACGGCGAUGCCGGGCAGAAAUAUGGGGGGAAACGGUGGCGGAGCAGGAGCGGUGACUGCUGGCGGCACUCCGCCCAAGCCACGCGAUAUGCUCCGCCUGGGCACACCCAGUGACGAUGAGGUGGAGCUGGAUUAUGAUGACGAUGACCUGCUGCUGGACGAGGAGGAUCGUUUGUUGGCCACGCCAUCGCCGCCGCCGCAAAAGGCGAUGAGCAGCAAGCGGUCGGCCACGCCGGAGUUGUUGGUAGUCAAGCGGAACCACAAGGUGAUGCGCGGCGGCGGCGGCGGCGGCGGUGGCAGCUCGUCAUCGGCGCACAGCUUUAGCUCCAGCCAGCGGCGGGUGGUGCUGAAGCCCACCAGCAAUGGCAGCAGCGGUGGAGAUCAGCAGCAACAGCAGCAGCAGCACCAGCAUUCAUCGCAUGGCGGCAGGCAGCGAGAAAGGAGGCAACGGGAGGAGAACGCAAUGCAGCGGAAAGGUGGCGCAGGAGGUGGAGGAGGAGGAGGAGGAGGAGGUGGAGGUGGAAGCGGCAAUGCGGGAACUGGAGGAGGGAUAUUCGAUCGGCUGGAUAAGCGGCAGGCGUCCUCGGGUGGAAGCAGCGCUGGAGGCGGCGGGAGCAGCCACAAGCAGCGCUCCAAGGCGCCCGCCCGCAUCGUACUCAAGCAUGAUUGAUAAGAAGAAGGAUAUAUCUAGUUUAAGCAUAAAAUUUUUUAUAUCGAUUAUCUAUAUUGUGGAUAAGCGAUAACUGACGUUGAGCGGGCGUAGCAAAGUAAGAAGAACUUUAGUUUUAAGUUAUAAAGUUGCAACUUGUUGAUCUGUAGACAUGUAUACCCAACGUCUAUAUAAAUAGCGGUUUAUAUAUAUAUAUAUAUAUGUGUAUGAGAAUGUAUUUGGUGAAUAGGAGUACCGGUGUCUGCAUCAUACUCUAUCCGGUAUACAUAUAUAUAUAUAUUUAUUUAGCUGUAAGUGUAUAAAUCUUAUCAAUGACUAAAACGUGCUUCGUUUUCUUAACCGCAAUUUGUAUUUAAAAUUUAAAUUAAGUGGGAUGCUUAAAGCUUGACCUGGACAACAAAACAAAUACCACAACUAUAGCAACAAACCCAGAACCCAACUGCAAUUUAAUGUGCAUGCAUAUAGCCUAUGUAAUCAAUUCAAAUAUAUUUACACAAUUAUAUACACAUAUAUUUAUAAAUACUUCAACUUAGUUUUAAGUAAAUGAGCUGAGCGUCUUAUUUUUUUUCGAUGACAGUUCUUAAAGAUUAUGUUGAAAGCAAGACAGAUAAGAACAAAAAAAAAAAAAAAAAAAAAAAAAAACAUUUUUAAGCGCAAAUGCUCCUGAGGAAUUUAGCUUGUAUUUAAAUUAUGACCCUAACGCAGAUAUUUUUAUGAACUAUUUUUUAAAUUGUGUCCCGUUGUUUGUACAUGAAAUUGAUUGUCUGUCCCAUUGUGUUCUUCUUUAUAACUAAUAUUAACCAUAUACAAAACUAUGUUUGCUUGUGAACUAGUUUAACUAAUAAACUUGAAAUACUGUAGCAUAUUACGUAUAUGUACACAAAAAGCAAUACCAUUAUGGCCUGAGAAAACGCAGACACAUAGAAUGGUACCGAUGAAUGGGAAUGCAGAAUGAUCAAACCAUACAAAAGCAUAGCAUAUAAAUUAAAAA